UGCGUUUGCGCUUGUUUCUUCUCAAACCGGUUCGCUCUGGAAUGGGUCGUUGGAUGCUCAUACGGGAUUCAAGAUGACGUCGCGUCUUGUUCUGGCCAUUGGUGACUUGUUCAUCCCGGACAGAGCCCCCGAUCUCCCCGUCAAGUUCCGGAAACUCCUGACGCCGGGAAAGAUCGGCCAAAUCCUCUGUCUAGGCAACCUGACCGACCGAGACACAUACGAGUUUCUACGUCAGAUCGCACCAGACCUGCAGAUGGUCAAGGGCGACUUCGAUGUAGACUCUCCAAAUCUGCCGCUGUCCAAGGUCGUCACUCACGGAAGCCUCCGCAUCGGCUUUACCCAUGGCCACACUAUCGUCCCUCCGGGAGAUGCCGAUGCCCUGCUCAUUGCCGCGCGCCAGAUGGAUGUAGAUAUCUUGCUAUGGGGAGGCACACAUCGUUUCGAGGCCUUUGAGCUGGAGGGCCGCUUCUUUGUGAAUCCAGGCAGUGCAACCGGGGCAUUGAGCACCGCGUUCUGGCCCGACGGCGAAGAACCCACCCCGAGCUUCUGUUUGAUGGAUAUCCAGGGAGAUGUCCUCGUUCUGUACGUCUAUCAGCUCAAGACCGACGCCAAUGGGGCUGAAACCGUGGCCGUUGAGAAAGUCUCUUUCCGCAAGAAUGGCAUGUCCGCCUCGUGAGCCUGUACUUCUCUGAUACCUCCAUCGUCUGUAUAUAUCCCUUCCAUGCACACGUGCGCUUAUGACAGCUUGUUUUGUGUCUCUUCGGCAGUUUUAUGUCUUCUAAAUUUAACCCAACUCAAAAGUCUCACUUAGGC